AUCAACUGCCUAUAAAAGGGAGGCUCACGGGGUGCUCGGCCUCCAUUUUGCCUCCGCUUUUGGAGUGGUCUGUGCUAGACUCUAUGCUCCUGUAAGCUGAGGGGGUGGUAAACUCCUGAGACUAACAGGACAGCAAGGAGACAAAAAGCCAAAGACCAAAGACCGUUUCGGAGUAGCAAAGGGGAGCUUCGACGGUGAGUGUCCACAUUAACUGGCAGUCUUGACCAGAAGUGCGGACCAGACCAGCGCAAACCGGACCAGACCGGAACCGGCGCAGACCAGACCGGAAACCAGCGCAGACAGCGGCAUAGACUGGGAACUUUAGCGAAGUUCUUCUGAGCAAGAGCACCUUUGUUCCAGUCAGGUAGUGCUUGACAACCUCCUCACAGAAAAUCUAGUUGACAGCAGAAGAAUUGCCUGAACUGUACUGUAAAAAGCAGAACUGCAAGAGUCAAGAGAGUGUUGGACUAUUCAGGCCAGAGGCUCUGUUCCAUACAGCAGCAAAUCCUACAGCUUGAUUGAUCUCUUCACUGUUUCCACCUGUGCUUAGUGCCUGCCUUAAGAUUCUGAUAGAGGUAGUUCUCCAUUGGCAUCCAUUGCUGAGUUGAGAAGCUGUCUCACCUGCAUUUAGCAUCCAGUACCAGUCUCUGGUGAACUUGGGAAACAAAUUGAAACUUCAAGAUUGCUAAUAAUCAGGAUACGUGUGUUUAUUUGCAAAAAAAAAAAAAAGUAUGGAUCCCUUACUGAUACAUGCUCAAGUCCAACUGUGGAGUGCAAAGGCAGGAAUGUCCAAGUCAAGACAUGCAGUCAUUGAAACAUUUAUAGGAAAAAGGGAAGUUAAACUUAUUCUCUAUUUCAGCACUGGAAAGAUUAAAGCUUUUCAACUAUACAAUAAUAUUAAAAGUGUGGUCCUUCGAUCCUAUGGAGAAGACCAGAAUUACCUAAAUUUGACUUUUAAAAAUAAUGAUUUCAUGUUUAUUGAGAACCUCUCCACCAUAGAUGCCAGGCGACUGAAGAAAUUCCUAGACAAAAUCUAUCAAAGUAGUCUUCGGGGAUCCAGGAGAAGUGAUGAGGGAUCUGGUGAGCCUAGCACAAGUGCACAUGAUUUGAGUGACUUGUCACCACCAGAAGUUCACGUGAAAGCAAGUAGUAUGUGCUUUGAAUCAGGCAAAGAAAGUGAAAUGUAUAUGUUUCGUGAGUUGUCUUUGCUUCCAUCCUCAUCAGCCUCACUUAGCACUGUAGGAUUAUUAGAAACACAACUCAUAAAGAGGAAAAGAUUUUUGCCUGAUUUUGAAGGGUGGGAAAAACUGAGCAACCUGAAGGGCAGAAACAGAGAAUUUGAGGCAAAUUUAGUAGUAUCUAUAUCUAAUGAAAAGGGGACAGAAAGGGGUGUGAGAGCAGUAGAAAUCAGUAAGUCAGAAUUUGGAUUUCCAUUUGAGACCAACUAUCCUGAAGAUACUGGCGUGGAUAUUUGUGAUCUGAAUGAUCUCAUUACAAAAUUAUUUUCACCAGUUCUGUUAGAAGCACACUAUAUUGAGAACAGCCUAGACUGGCAUGAUUAUAUGAGUACAUUCUUGCUUUACCCAGAGAAAUCAUGGCAAGGCCUGCCUAAUGUGGGAAACACCUGCUAUAUAAAUGUUGUAUUACAGUCUCUAUGCUCAAUCCCACUGUUUAUUAAUGAUUUAUUCAACCAGGGUUUCCCAUGGAUUAAACCUCCAAAAGAUAAUUUUAACAUGCGUUUAAUGCAACUGCUUGUUUUGAAAGAUAUUUACAAUAUAAGAACUAGACAGAGGUUACUUAUAGGUAUUACAAGAGCCCUCCCAAUAUUUGGAGAGAUAUUUGCUGCCGAUAGGCCGAAUGAUGCUCAUGAGUUUUUAAGUCUCUGUUUAGUUCAGUUGAAGGAGACUAUUCAAAGAGUAACCAUGAUGUGGCAGUCUGAAAAUGAAUCAGGAGAUUAUUAUUUGCUUAAAGAGAUUUUUGCUAAUUAUGCUUCUGUCAACAAAAUGACUGUUUGUCCUGUUACCAAUAAUUUUGAAUUUGAGUUACUGAGCUCCAUUUUUUGUAAAUCCUGUGGCCUGACUGUUUUUAAAAGAGAACCAAAUAGGUAUCUCUCUAUCAACAUUCCUCAAGGAGUGAAUGACCAAACCAUGUCUAUUCAGUCUGCUUUAGAUCUUUUCUUUAAGGAAGAAGAGCUUGAGCAUAGGUGUGAAAGGUGUUUAUACAACAAAUCUGUUUCCUUUCACAAGUUUGGCCGGCUACCCCGGGUUAUUAUUAUUCAUCUGAAGCGCUAUAGCUUUAAUGAGUCACUGGUAAUGAAGAAGGAUGAGCAGCACAUCCUUGUUUCCAAAUACUUAAGGCUGUCUUGUCAUUGCAACAUAAACACAAAACCACCCCCGUCCUUUAGCCCAAAUGACCAUGUUAAGAAUCUUGACUUAUUAAAACCCUUUGGAGAGCUGGGUUCUGAAAUAUUCAAAUCAUCAUUUAAUUCACCCAGUACCUCAAGAGCCAGGGGUUUUCCAAUUGUAAACAUCAGAUCAGAUAGGGAGUCAGAAGCACAAAAUGGGAAGAGGGUCUCUGAAGUGUUGAGUGGACAAGUGCAGCAGGAAGAUCCAGGGAAAGGUGACACAGCAAAUAUAGUUGGGUCAGAGCUUAGAAAUGAGACUGAGAAACUCAAAGAGUUUGUACCUAGUAAUUUAGAUUCUGGUAGCAUCAGUGAGGCUGCUAAAGAUAAUGACCUCAAAAUUCCAGAAAGAUCCCCAAAAUACCAACAGGACGAGAAGUAUAAUGAAGAGAGAAGUGAUAAGCAGGGCUCUCUAGAAGCACUUACUCAAAGCCUUCCAAAACCAAUCUCCCAGGAACAAACAGAAAACCUUGGGAAACCUACAGUGUCCCAUACCCAGAGUGGUGGUCUGAGUUCACAGGGCUCACCAGAUUCCAGUAAGAGCCCUGGAUGCAAUGAUGUUUGUGAUACGAAGGCAAAGCCUACAAGCAAGGUGGAUCCACAAAAUUUAAAUCAAAAAGAAGAUAAUGUGUACAGGCUUGUUAAUGUUAUCAACCAUAUUGGGAACAGUCCCAAUGGAGGCCACUAUACCAAUGAUGCCUUUGACUUCAGGAAGCAGAGUUGGUUCACUUACAGUGAUCUACGGGUGACAAGUGUACAAGAGGAUUUUGUAUAUAAGGCUAGGCUUUCUACUGGAUAUGUCUUCUUUUACAUGCAUAAUGAUCUCUUUGAAGAAAUCUUGGCAAAGGAAGCUGGGUCUACCAGCACAUAAGCAUAUGCCUCACAAUACAUCUCUACUCAAGUACCUCACUUACCUAAACUGAAUAGAGAAAAUUUAUUGACAGUGAAGUUUUCAAUAUUUACUAUGGAAGUCAUAUAAUCCCAAGUUGCUGUUAUAUUGAUUAAAAUGGUUCAUUUUGCUUGCAGUCAUAAACUUUUAGUAAAAGGUACAUUUUCUCUCAUUUCUGCCUUUCUUGCAUGGUCAGCAUAAUAAGUUUAUAAUGAAAAAGCUUUUACAUAUCAGAAGAAAAAACACACCUGCCGAGUCUACCAAGCACUGUUACCCCAGCUUGCUGCUCUCUUGAUCUCAUUUCAUAUGAAAUGUGUAGUGUCCUGGCUUUCUCACAGUGGAUGUCACUUAAUAGUGGAGCUGAAGUCAAGAGAGAGGAGAACAUUUUAUGGCUG